AAACAUCAUAAGAAUGGACUGCCCCAUUAAAGUUAGCUAAUUAAAAUCGGUUACAGAAUAGAAGGAAGUCUUCGAUAAAUUAUUCAAGAUGCCUACUUAACACGUUUAAAGAUCUUAAUACAAACAAAUAUCAAAAUCUGAUUUAAUAAAUGAAUUGCGCCAAGAGAAUGAUGAGUUGAAAAAUACCAUCAUUGAGUUGAAGGAUAGGAUCAAGCAAUUAGAAAUACAAUUAAAAGGAAAGCAGAGUCUCCAAAUCGAAGAAGAAAAUCAAGAAAUAAUUUCAGUUGAAAAGCCAUAAUAAGAAUUUUAAGAAGAAAUGAAUGAAGAAGAGAAAUCUCUCCAUUUUGCCCUUAUACUCCAAUAACAAGAAGAGAUGGAAUUCUAAAAUCGAUUAAUCUAGUAUAAAUACUGUUAUAUAGUAUAGAAUGCAAAAUAAUGUUGAUUUGGAUGAAAUGAGUUACGAAUAAUUACAGGAAUUAUAAGAGAAAAUGGGCUUUGUAAGCAGAGGUUUGAUGGAAAAUCAAAUAUCAAUGCUCCUCAAAUAAUGUACAAUUCGAAAUUAAGCUGUUGAUUGGUAUAACAAUUGGUUACUAACAUUUUAGUUGCACAAUAUGCUUAGAGGAAAGUGGAAAUCCUGUUGAAAUUCAAUUAUAAUGUGGACAUGUGUUUCAUAAGGAAUGCAUUUCAGAAUGGUUGUCUAGAGAGAAACAUUGUCCAGUGUGCAAGAGGGAUAUUGAUUUGGGAAAGUUAAAGUGAUAUGAC